AAUUAGUGGUGAUACGAAACUUCUAUCUGACGUAAACUCUUCUCACAUACACACAUAUUGAAAGCCUUUGAUUUAAAACCCCACAUCAUUUCUUGAAGAAGAAGAAGUCGAUCGAUCCAUCAAAGCAAUAAAAUUAAGAUGGGUGAGACCAAUGUAAAUCUCCCACCUGGCUUUCGAUUCUGUCCUACCGAUGAAGAACUCGUGGUCCAUUUCCUUCACCGCAAAGCCUCUCUCUUGCCCUACCACCCUGAUAUCAUCCCUGAUCUUGGUCUCUAUCCUUGUGAUCCCUGGGACUUAGAUGGUAAGGCUAUGGCGGAAGGGAAAAAAUGGUAUUAUUUCAGCAGAAGGUCACAUGAGAAUCGAGCAACGAGCAACGGGUUCUGGAAAUCUUGUGGUGGCGAUGAACAAAUCGUAAGUUCAAAUGGUAGCAAAAGAAUUGGUGUGAAGAAAUAUUAUGUGUUUCAUGUUGGUGAAGCUCCUGAAGGUAUCAAAACCAAUUGGAUAAUGCAAGAAUUCAGGGUUUCUGAUGCUUCUACUACUUCUUCUAGAUCAAGAAGAAGAGACACCUCCAAGAGUGAUUGGGUAAUAUGCCGGGUGUAUGAGCAUGACUAUGAUAAUGAUGACGACAACGAUGACGGAAUGGAGCUUUCGUGUUUAGACGAAGUUUUUUUGUCGUUAGAUGAUUUCGACGAUAUUAGUUUUCCAAAUUAAA